AUGGCGGCUUCGCUGGGACUGAACCCUGAAGCUCUCUUCACUUCUUACUCGUCUGCCUACUCCUCCUCGCCGUUCAUGUCCGACUACGCGGCAAGCUUCCCGCCGGCGGCCAUUGACUAUUCAGCCACGGCCUUCUCCGCGGAGCUCCUCGAUGACCUUCAUCACGUCGACUACUCACCGGCGCCCAUCUUCACCGGUGCCGGAGCCGGGGCUGGCGGCGAUCGCAACGAGAAGAUGAUGUGGUGUGAGGGUGGUGGUGAUGAGAAGAGACUCAGAAGCAGUGGAAGGAUCGGGUUCAGAACGAGAUCAGAGGUGGAGAUCUUGGACGAUGGAUUCAAAUGGAGGAAGUACGGGAAGAAGGCUGUCAAGAACAGCCCAAAUCCAAGGAACUACUACCGCUGCUCGUCGGAGGGCUGCGGCGUGAAGAAGCGGGUGGAGAGGGACCGCGACGACCCCCGCUACGUCAUCACCACCUACGACGGCGUCCACAACCACGCCAGCCCCGGAGCCGCCGCCAUCAUCCAGUACGGCGGCGGCGGCAAUAGCGGUUUCUACAGCCCGCCGCACAGUGGCUCGCCGUCGGCCGCCUCCUACUCGGGCUCCUUCGUCUUCUGA